UCACCAGAUGGCUUCUCUCCAUAGUUCCUAGAAACGUAACAUAAACCCUCUCCCUACACAUAUACACACACACAUACACACAUAUUCUCAUAUAUAUAUACACACACAUAUAUAUACACACACACGCAUCUACUCGAGCUUCUGUUUCAGCAGAAACCAUGGUGGUAUUGUCGCAGCCAGUGACGUUAGACAACCACGUCUCUGUAAUCCCAACAUGCAGACCGGUUUCGGUUCAGGGACCGGUUCCCGUGGCUGAAAUCCCGAUGGUGGACCUAACCGACCCGGAGGCCAAGACCCGGAUCGUGGAAGCGUGCGUGGAAUUCGGGUUCUUCAAGGUGGUGAACCAUGGGGUCCGACCCGAACUCAUGACCCGAUUAGAGCACGAAGCGAUCAGAUUCUUCGCUCUGCCUCAGUCUUCCAAGGACAAGGCGGGUCCACCCGACCCGUUCGGGUACGGUAGCAAACGGAUCGGACCUAACGGCGACGUGGGUUGGAUUGAGUAUAUUCUCCUCAAUGCCAAUCCCCAAGUCAUCUCUCUCAGCACUCUCGCCGUUUUCCGUCAAACUCCUCCGAUUUUCCGAGCUGCGGUCGAGGAGUACAUGACGGCGGUGAAGGCGGUGGCGUGUGAGGUGCUGGAAAAGAUGGCGGAAGGGCUGGGAAUCGAGCCAGCAGACAGGCUGAGCAAGCUGGUGAAGGACGAGAAGAGCGACUCCUGCCUGAGGCUGAACCAUUACCCGGCGGCGGCGGAGGAAACGGCGGCGGCGGAGGGGCGGGGGAGGGAGGUGGUGGGGUUCGGAGAGCACACGGAUCCACAAGUGAUAUCAGUUCUGAGAUCGAACAACACGACGGGUCUUCAAAUCUGUCUGAAAGGCGGCAGUUGGGUCGCUGUCCCUCCUGAUCACUCCUCUUUCUUCAUCAAUGUCGGAGACGCCCUUCAGGUGAUGACUAAUGGGAAAUUCAAAAGCGUGAAACACAGAGUGUUGGCAGAUACGAGGAAAUCUAGGGUUUCGAUGAUAUACUUCGGUGGACCGCCGUUGAAUGAAAAGAUCGCACCUUUGACAUGCCUCGUCCCUAACCAGGACGACCGCCUUUACAAGGAAUUCACUUGGUCCCAAUACAAAUCCUCUGCUUACAAGACCAGACUCGGCGACUAUAGGCUCGGCCCCUUCGAGAAAAACCCUCUCCCCCAAUCCGAGGGUUUUGACCAGUGAUGACCCUUUUGACCAAUUUCCCCAUAAACCCAUAAAUAAAUAAAAAAUAGAAUAUAUAUAUAUAUAUUAUAGUUGUUUUAAUUAGGUAAAAUGAACUAGGGUUUGCAUAGAUAGGUCACUGAAAUGGGAGUUUGUUCCUGCUUUUGUAUUUAUUUCUCUAUCUUUUUUCAUUUUGUAUCUCUUUUUCUUUGGUGUAUUUCGUUAAUGUAUCAGUGUAUAUGUGUGUAUAUUUGUCAUCACUAUGUAUGCCGUUGUGCAAUGAAAAAUUAUGUUAAUAUUUAUGAGUUUUUUUU